GUUUCAACCGAAUGAGGUCCGGACCGAACGGGCUACCCUCAUUCCUUUCCCAACUCUCGGACCAAUCGUUUCGGCUUUCCAAAUUCUAAAUUUUUUAAUUCUAAAAUUCAAGAUGCCUUGCUGCCCCCCUUGCUGUGCUCCAGCCUGCUGCGGACCCUGCUUCUGCCCCAAGCGCUAUCUCGUGGACAAGGAGAACGCUCCAUGCGUGUGGUGUGCCCCUUGCAAGGCCCACUGCUACAACACCCCUCCAAAAUGCUGUUGCUAGGGUCAGAUAAGCGGAUCCCAUAGCGAAGUUCAACUUGCGGAUUAACCUUAUUCCUGUGACCUCCCAUUCCUAUCCCCUUUUCUAUGCGCGGGUGGCUUCUAAGUGGCUCUCAGACGCGCGAUGUCAAUGCUUCCGUGCCAUGUCCUUACCGAGAUAGUUUGAUAUCGAUGGGACAUGUUGAGCAAGCAAUGUCCUUCAGUUUAAACCAAAUUGGAGCCAGUUCAAGUCAGGAAAUCUGAAGACCACUCUGUCAAAACGACCGGAGGAGGGAUGAAGGUGCCAAAUCCUGGUAGCCGGGCAUUUAAAAAUUUUAACAUUUUGAAUCCAAUUUAGGCAAUAAAAUUGUAAGCUAUCUAUA